UAUAUAUCGACAGUCUUUGAUUUUAAACUGCGAUCAUUUCUCAUUAUGGGGAGUGGAGUCCAAAUUUCACUCCUUUAGGGGGCGCUGUCUGGGCGCGGGCUGCUAGCACACUCACGUGGUCGGCCAAUCAAAUGUGUUUUCACGCACGGGGAAGACCCUUCACAUUUAUAGAAGAUGGCGACUGCUGAACUGGAAAAUUCAACAAAUCUAUCAAUUUCAGAAGAAGAGAAAAACGACGAAAACAGGCAAGAGAUUGUGAGUCUUGAAGAUUAUAUCAAACAUCCUCUGCAGAAUAGAUGGGCACUUUGGUUCUUUAAAAAUGACAAAAGCAAAACAUGGCAAGCUAAUCUCCGUCUCAUCUCAAAGUUUGACACAGUGGAAGACUUCUGGGCGUUAUACAAUCACAUUCAGUUAUCAAGUAACUUAAUGUCAGGAUGUGACUAUUCCCUUUUCAAGGAUGGCAUUGAGCCCAUGUGGGAGGAUGAGAGAAACAAACGGGGCGGCCGCUGGCUGAUCACCCUUUCUAAACAGCAACGUAGAGCAGAUCUGGACCGCUUCUGGUUGGAGACGCUUCUGUGCCUUGUGGGGGAAGGAUUUGAUGACCACAGCGAUGAUGUCUGCGGUGCAGUCGUCAAUGUGCGAACAAAAGGAGACAAAAUAGCGAUAUGGACGACAGACUAUGAGAACAAAGAUGCUGUCGUACAUAUAGGGCGUGUUUAUAAGGAAAGAUUAGGUGUGCCAUCAAAGGUCAUCAUUGGAUAUCAGUCACAUGCAGACACAGCCACCAAAAGUGGAUCCACCACCAAGAAUAAGUUUGUUGUUUAAGGAGCCUUUCAUAGCACAAUGCAGUAACAAAAGUCAGAAUCUGUCAAAUCUAUAAUUUCACCUGAAGAGAUGGCUUAUUGCAUGUUUGAAAAGAAAAAGACAAACCUUCAAAAUCUUGACGGGAGAGUAUAUUACGAUCAGAGGAAUAUUGUAUUUUCAAAUUGUACAGUGUAAAUACAGAACCAUGUUCGAUUUUUUAAAUGUCAGUGUACUAUUAAUGGAUCUUUUGCUGAGAUGGGGAUAGAGGUGUGCAUUCAAUUCAAUAUACAAUUGUUUUUGUUGCAUUGUUUACCUUUUUAUGUUUAGUAAUCGUUACUAAAUCUUAAGUUUAAUUAUUUAUUUUUAUUCAGUCUUUUCUGCUUUAGAUUAAAUGCCUUCAUGAAAUUUGUAAUCACACAAUUUUUGUAUUGCUGCGUGGGAAUGUUAAAGUUUCAUACUUUUCUGUUCAAAGACUCUGUAUUUUCAGCCUUGUUCUACAUUCCUCACGUGAAGUGUUCAAGUUAGUAUUAACAAUUUGUCUCUGGUCUGCCUUUUUCCUAAGGGGUUUCAUUGAGUAGUAAAAACACAGAAACUCCUGUCUUGAACAUGGGUGCUUAUGAAAAUGAUAUAUGAAUACUGACUGUAAAUAAAAUGUACAAUGCGUUGUCUAUACCCAGUGAAUGACCUCUGAAAAUGUAUCUGUUGAUAAAAUAAAUCUGGAAAUUAUACGUAACAGUUUUCUC